UUAUUAUACGACGCUGAAUAAUCGUUUCGAGUAUUUAAUGAAUUCUAUUUUAAAGUUAUAACUUGAAAAAUGCUUUAUUUUAAAGUGGUUUCUUCCGAGCCCGUUCAAUCACAGUCCGCUCUAAUCUCGCGUGAUUUCAAGUGUUGAUAUAAUUCUACAGGGCAGAGUGGACUGGACUGAAAAGCUACAGCUAAAGCAUGCCCUGUGAAGCGCAGGCUCGGUUUGUUAUUCUGUACGGGUCUCAGAAGGGUCAAGCUCAGUCCAUAGCAGAGGGGAUAGCUGAGGAGGCCCAGGACCAUGGACUGGGAGCUGAACUCAGCUGCUUGAGUGAGAAUGAGAAGUACAAUUUGGAGAAGGAGAAUGCCCCCUUGGUCUUUAUUCUGUCUACUACUGGAGACGGGGAGCCGCCCGACAAUGCCCUGCAAUUUGUAAAGCGCAUCAAGGAGAAGACUCUCUCCACUGACCACUAUAAACACCUUAGCUAUGCACUUUUAGCGUUAGGAGACACAAACUAUGCAAAUUUCUGCAACUGUGGGAAAACAGUUGAGCGUCGUCUACAGGAACUUGGAGCCACGCAAUUCUAUGCUUCAGGAUAUGCAGAUGAUGGUGUAGGUCUGGAGGUGGUGGUGGACCCCUGGCUUGAAGGACUGUGGAAAGCAAUUAAAGGAGCAUUAUCAAUAAUGGCUUCUGACAGGAAAGGGGAGUCGAGGGAUUUACCGAAGGAAACUCCUGAUUCACAGAUAUCAGACGUCAAACUUAACCUCCUAAGCCUUAGUGAUGAGCAGAAUUGCAAGUCACUCACGGCAUCUGUCGACCCGGACUCCAAAUAUGCACCUGUAGCUUCAGCUUCUGCCUCUGCUAAUUCAAAUCUCAGGGCUACUUCUCCUGGGUCUCGUGGUACCGACAGUGUUUCUGCAUCAGCACCGCAGACACAGGCCGGGGCUGCUGAAGUUCCCCCUGUUGCAUUGUCAGCCUCUCUGACAUGCUCCGUGCCCCCGCUGUCAGAGUGUGCUCUCAAUGUUCCUGCUCUGCCUCCGCCGUACCUGGAUGUCUCUCUCCAGGAUGUGGGCACAAUGGAACAGAUUGUUGAACAGCCAAACAAAGAAAGUCUUCACGAGGUUCCCAUAAACAGGGCGGUGCACCUGACCAGUGGAGAUUCAGUCAAGACCGGCCUUCUCUUAGAGUUGGACAUCUCUGCUCACCCAACGAUAGCAUAUGAGCCGGGGGAUUCGUUUGAUGUGUUCUGCCCAAACAGAGCCGCAGAGGUGGAGGAGAUGCUCCACAGAUUGGGCCUUCACGACCAGAGGAACUGCCAUGUCCAUGUUUCCCUAAAAAAGGAUCAUAAGAAAAGAGGUGCCCAGGUGCCAUCCUACAUCCACCAGAGCCUUUCUUUGCUGUACUUGCUCACUUGGUGUCUGGAGAUCAGAAGCGUCCCUAAGAAGGCGUUUCUACGAGCGCUGGUGGAGCACACGGCCGAUGGCGUGCAGAGGAGGAGACUGCAGGAGCUCUGCAGCAAACAAGGCGCCGCAGAUUACAACCUGUACAUGAGAGACCCGAGCCUCAGCGUCUCGGAGCUGCUGGCAGCCUUUCCGUCCUGCUCGCCGCCUCUCAGCCUCCUCAUAGAGCAUGUGCCGAAACUGCAGCCCAGGCCUUAUUCAGCAGCCAGCUCCUGUCUCAAGCAUCCAGGCAAGCUGCAUUUUGUCUUCAACGUGGUCGAGUUCCCAGCAUGCUUUGGACGGCCUGCUGGGAGGCGAGGUUUGUGUACCGGUUGGCUGUUUGACCUCAUCAAUCGUGGCCUGGUUUUCCCGGAGAGGGUGGAGCGCUCUGGCGGCCCGGCUCUGCCUAAGAUCCAUGUGAGCUUGAGACCCAACUGCUCCUUCCGGCCUCCCUCUGAUCUGUCGCUGCCCUUCAUCAUGGUCGGCCCGGGCACAGGCGUUGCCCCCUUCAUCGGUUUCCUCCAGCAAAGAGAGCGGGAGAGGCAGGCGAACCCCGAGGCUGCGUUUGGCGAGACCUGGCUGUUCUUCGGCUGUCGCCACAGAGACGGGGACUACCUGUUCAGAGAGGAGCUGGAGGGCUUCGUGACCAGCGGUGUCCUAAACCACCUCAAGGUGUGUUUCUCGAGAGACGCCCCGGAGCAGGAGGAGCAGAAGGAGGUCGCCACCUCGGUAGCUCGACCCAGAUACGUCCAGCACAACCUGCUGCUCAACAGCCGUGACGUCACCGAUAUCCUGCUCAAACGGAACGGCUCCCUCUACGUCUGCGGGGAUGCAAAGAACAUGGCUAAGGAUGUGAACGACACCCUGGUGGAGAUGGUCCGAGCCGAGCUUCAGGUGGACCAACUGGAGGCCAUGAAGAGACUGGCGGGGCUGAGAGAGGAGAAACGCUACCUGCAGGACAUCUGGGGCUGACGGAGGACAUGCUGAGCUUUUCUUUUUUACAACCUAAAUAAAAAGUAAAAAAAGAAUCAGCAUGCUCAGCUGUAACCUCUAGAACCAUUAAAUCGCGGAUGCUGAAGCCUGGAGGUAGUUUACACCACCCAGCGCUACCAAGAUGGAAUGUACAUUGCUAGCCCGGGGGUAGCGGUUCACUACAUCAUCUCGGGCUUGGCUGUUUGAACAGAAAUGACCUUGGUCGGGGCAAUAGUGUCGGAGAUUGGUCCUGCAGUGUGAACAUGUGUGUUUCAGUGGAGAAAAGCCUCCACCGCUCCUCCUGGUGUUUACUACCGUCGGUAGCGUCUGGUGAGACGGAGAGCGGGAUGACGCUCCAGCCUGGAUUGAAACAACACAAUCAUCUCAAGUUCUUAAACUGUACACACACUCACACAAACACACACUCUCACAUCUCUCAAUAGUUGUGAGGACACUCGUUGACAUUAUGCAUUCCCUAGCCCCUUUACCCAUCACAACUAAAUACCUAACCCUAAAACCAAGUCUUAACGCUCAGACAGUCCACUGACUCCGUGAGUAUCAAUGAUGGUGUUAAACCAAAAUUGGCCCUCAUAACCAUGGAUAGACACUCACACAAGCACACACGCACACACAAACAUAACAAAUCUUAUUGUCAUUCAGGGACAAAUUAUUAUUUAAUAUUUUUCAUGCAAUAUUUUAUUUUUUGAGAAUAUGCCAAACCACCUCUCUGCAUUAAAGUUUACCUCCAAAGUCAAUUUUUUUUAUUACAAAGGAAAAAUGACAGUAAAUUGGCUUGAUUUUGUUUUCCUCCAGUAUUAUACAGGAUCAUCAUAUUUUCAUCCUAAACACUGUGGAUAAUGGACUUUUUAUCCUAUUUUGGAAAUAAUGAUAAUUAGUAUGGGAUCCCCCCCAAACAAAAACAAUCUGUCAGUUUCCUAAAUAGAGUCCACGGAGUUGACUUUGUCAUUAAUUCCUCAUAACACCAUGUAAGUGCUGAGUACACACGUUGUGCCUCUGAAGGACGAUGUGCUGCUCUGUGCAGACGGACCGUUAGUCCUGCCAAAACAACCCAAAUCUUCCAGACUGUGGUGAAAACAAACCCAACUGGUCCCAGUGUGCUGAGGAAUAAAAAGUCAUCUCAGUGUGAA